CAUAUAUAUAUAAUAUAUAUAUAUAUAUAUAUAUAUAUAUUAUAUAUAUAUAUAUAUAAAUAUAUUUAUAUGUACAUGUAUGUAAAGAAGAUAUAUAAUGAUACAUAUAUGUAUAUAUAUCCAUAUCUACUGCUGAUACUUUCAUUAUAAUAUAUGUAUGGCCGGUCUAGUAAAGUGUGAAGAUCUAGUGCUUAUAUACUAAAUUGAGGUGAAUAUCUAUUUAUAAUCCUAUAUAUAGUGGGACAAUAAAAUUAGUUCCUAUAUUUUCUUUCAUAUCCAUUAUGGUCGCGGAAAUGAAAGCCGAAGAGAGGGUUGCACUGAUAACGGGUGCGAAUACAGGCAUCGGCCUGUCACUGGUGAAGAGACUGUUUGAGUCCACAGAAUACAAUGCACUGGUUUUGACGGCUGUACUGGCAUGUCGCAACUUAGACAAGGCCAAGGCCGCGCGGGAGGAAGUAUUAGCCGAGUUUCCCGAAGCCAUUGUCGAGAUUAUACAAUGCGAUACAAGUAGGCCAGAGUCCAUGACGGCAGCAGCAAAGCUAGUGCUAGGGAAGUAUGGACGCCUGGACUGGCUCUAUUUAAAUGCUGGCAUCAUGCCGGUCGAGAAAUGGGGAAUAAGCUGGGAUGUGUUCAUGACGACUGAUAUCAAGCAUAUCCUACACGUACUGUCGACGUCGGAUGGCCUGUUGAAACAGGAAGACUGGCGUGCGGGGGAUAUGCAGGCGGUGUUCGCAACAAACGUCUUCGGUCACUACUUGCUUGCUAUGCUUCUUAAAGAUCUGCUGGUGAAGAGCCAGGGGCGUAUAAUCUGGACGAGCAGCAAUGCGGCAAAUACGAAGUCUUUCAAACACGAAGAUAUAGAACACAAAAAUGGAUCCGAUCCCUACGGCUCAUCAAAGUACGCUGUGGAUCUGUUGAAUGCCGCGCUUAAUCGAGAACUCAACAGCAAAGGGGUGUACUCGUACACGUGUUGUCCGGGUUUAGUUAUAACCAAUGUCACCCUGGGCAUUCUGCCUUGGUGGAUGUGGACCUACAUCCUGUUUCCCUUCCUACUAAUUUACCGUUGUAUCGAGCCUAUGUAUGUGCUACACCCCUACAACGGAGCCGAAGCAUUGAUCUAUCUAUCCGGUCUUGACUUGCCACGCACACCUGGAGUGCUUAUAGAUACUAAGGCGAGGGGUAAGAGUAGUCCGUAUGAGCGACCGUCCGUAAUCACUCAAGUGGAGGACGAGGGUGACCUGCCCUCGGAGAUUUCGGGGCCGCAUAAAGACCUGGUUUAUAUGGACCCGUUUAGCAAGUAUUACAGUCGGACGUCUUUCUGGGGUGAGAGAUACGUGAUGUGCAAACCCUAUCCAGGAACGGAAGCAGACGGCACGCGACUUGUGGUAGAGUUGGAGAAGAUGGCCAAACAGCGCAAAGUAUUAUAGGCAAUGCAUAAUUAGGCACCUACCAUGAGUCAAAAUAUAUCAAUGAGAGACGAACGAUGCAUAGCAGUGUGUAGACGAGUACGUUGAUGUGGGAUAAAGAGAUGUGAUGGUGCAUGCCUCGCCUCAUUGGCGUUUCAAGCGGUGGGAAGCCCAGAUGCAAAGGGUGACAUUAACUCCAUCAGGAGCUUGUGUCCUUGUCCAAGUACAUGAGGUUAGAGUCGCUCGCAGACUAUCUGUAUCUGAAAAUCUACAUCGACAUAAAAACAACUCUCCAUCGCCGUGCAUGGUAUCUGUAUUACUAUUGGUUUCGCCAGAGUAUGUGUUAGAGUAGUCCUGGUGAACGUCUUGUGAAUUAACUUACCGAAGGAGUGGUGACUAGGCCCAAUUCCCGUGGUGUGAUCGUUAGAUGAUGAGUCUAUUUCAUUUUCUAUCAUAAGAGACAAUCGCGGAAUUCUAACAACCAGGGGGUAGGGGCCACAACUCUGCAAUCCCUACCACUCCCACAACUGUCUUUCAGUCAAUUACCUCUCCCACUACGAUGUAGGCGACGACACGCUCACAACUGCAAGUGCAAUUUCUUCACUCGGUUGGGGUGUGCUUGGCUCAUGAAAUGUGCCUCAACGCACCCAGCACAUGCUACACGACAUACACACAGUAGCAGGUAACAUCUGUAGGAGCACAGCUUAUAAACCAACUUACACACAACGUGGC